AUGGAGGUGGUGGCCAGAAAAAGGAAAAGAGAAACAGCAAUGGAAGAUGUUGAUUUUCGAAGAUGGGGAGACAUGGAACCUGACAUAUUGAGUGAGAUUUUUAAGCGUCUCGGCAGAAUCUCAGAUUUAACUUCAGCCAUUGCUUAUGUUCGUUGCAGUGCCGUUUGUAGCACAUGGCGUUUGGUUAUUCUUGACUACUCCUCUCGAGUUUUUACUACACUUGAUUUGUUAAGGAUGAAAAUAGAUUUCAUCCCAAGCCAAUAUAAACCUUAUGUUUAUGUUACAAGCAGGUCCGAUUUGACACUGAGUCGUGUUUUGAAGGUUUCAUUGGGUUUCAGUAUGGGAAACAUAACGAGCUUAUUGUUUAAUCGCAAUUUAUAUGUCCCCGACCAUCUCUUAAUUUAUGCAGCUGAAAGAUGCCCUAAGCUGAGACGAUUGGUUUUGCCAGAUGGAACAGAAUAA